ACUAUAGUCUACACUGCAUCGGGGUACUGGGUGCACACAGCUAGGUCCGGGUGGAGACAAACCAGACAAGCUCUGGUAAAGGGCCCUUCAACUAGGCCUGAUAAAAACGAACACACGCUUGUCGUUUCACAAGUCUUUUCAUUUUCUUCUCCUUGGAGCGUCUCCUUGCCCUCUUGCUGCUGCAAAAAUGCCAUCGUUUGAAGAUCUCCUCAGCUUGGACAAUGCGGUGUUCUCCGCUUAUCUCUUCUACACUACGCUGAGCAUCGGAAAAACCUUGCUGGCAGCCAACGUGCUGAUUCCGCUAAAUCGCGUGACUGGACAUGUUUACCAAACUCCGGAGGACUACACAGCGUUUGCCACUCCGGCAACGAAGGAAGAUCCCAAGGCAGCCAGCCGCAUCGAUAAACUCCGAAAAAUAGUUGCCCAUGAUUUGGAGAACAUCGUUCCCUUCGCUAUCCUGGGUCUGCUCUAUAUGACAGUGCAGCCAUCACCAGCAGUAGCGAUAUGGCACUACCGCGUCUACGGCAUAUCGCGCCUCCUUCACACGCUCGUGUACGCUGCGGGCAUGCAGCCGGCACGCUUCCUCUGCUUCUUGCCGGGCUCUAUUGUCAACCACUCCAUGGUGGCGCAAAUUCUGUAUGCUCUGUGCACGCGCUGAGCAGCUUGGAGCUGCAUGUUUUGUCUCAGUGUGCAUGCGUGUUUGUUUUUUCAAAUUUGUUUGAUAGGAACAAUGGUUAGUGAAGCGUCA